AGCGAGUGAGUCACGUCCGAUUUCGAGCCCGACCGCGGAUGCCGACACGCGCCAAAACCGCUAUUCUCUACUCAUCGUUUUCACACUGUCGCGUUACCACCGCGUUUCUUUUCCAUCCUCGCCCGAUCUAAAUAUUAUUGCUAUCCGAGCGAUGACGAAUUGUAUUAAUUUGAACCGUUCGAUUCAGUGAAACAUUCAACUGCGGCUGCUGUGUUUAUAAACACGGGGAAGCAGGCUCGUGACCGGUGCGUCUUUCGAUUCUGGUAUAUUCGACAGAGCACCAGGCGUGUUCGAUCAGACAUCACGGUGAGUGAAUCUUCUUCGAUUUCUCCGAAUCGUGUGAUGUUUCCAGUGUAAAAUCGCCCAGGACUCCUUCUUUCGGUCAAGUUUCGUUGUACUUUGAAACCGCGUUCAUCAUGAAGGCGUUUCGUUUCGCGACCAUCGUCUCCGCGUUCGUGGUGCUCGUCUACUCCGAACCAGACAAUUCGCGAUCGAAACUGACGAUCCUGAAGUGUUGUCGACAUAAAGAAGAAUUGGUGAAGGACAAUGAUGUCGGCACGAUGACUCGUUGCAAAGCUACUGAAAACGAGUGGAAACCCUUCAUCUACUCGCCGUCCCUUCAGACUUUCCUGCCUAAUCCACCGGCAGAAUGGAACGUCGUUCAGGGAAGGAAACCACAGUGCGGUGACAAUUCGAUGCUGUCAUAUGUACCGUACAGAAGCACCAAUCCGUUUGUACUUUUGGACGAUGGUAGUGCUCUUCUCGAUAUCCAUUCGGAUAAAUUCGAACCGAACGAAUAUUGCGUCGAUUCGAACGCGUUGCUCGUGUGCGUGCGGAAAAGAAUGGAGGGAAACCACCUGGCCGCCACCAUGAGACCACGAGUUAGGCAGUGUUGCGGCGAAGACGCCGCUUUUCACGAGGAAAUACACGCGUGCGCCCACCUGAAGGAAGGUACCGACGCGACGCCGUUGUUGCCGAACGCGUCGUCCGCCGUCGAAAUAGUACCGGGCUUUCCAACUUGCACCCGGUCCGAUAAUUUCACGAUCUUGGGCGAUGCGAAAGAUGCUGUGCUGUUGCCGGACGGUGGUCUGGAAAUAGACGGGGUCUCCUUACCUGCCGGCCAGUUCUGCGUCGAGAGGAUCAAAGAACUGAACCAGGUGUCCAAGGUCUUCGCCUGCUCGGAGCACACGUCGCAAAGACCGAUAAUGCAAGCAGCGGACAUCAGGUUCACCUUGUACCCGGUGGGCUUUAUCAUUAGCGCAGUCUUCCUGGCAGCCACGUUGGCCGCUGGUUGGCUGCUCCCUGCUUCUCAUCACGUUCUGCAUUGGCGAUGCCAGACUCAUCAUGUCGCUUGCCUGAUGCUCGGUGAUCUUCUCAUGGCCAUCAUUCAGCUCGCCGGAGAUUCCCUGCAUGGCGGAAGCUGCAAGGCGCUCGCAAUCAUGGCGCACUUCUUCUUCCUGGCUGCGUUCUUCUGGCUGAACACGAUGUGCUUCAACAUCUGGUGGACGUUCAGAGACCUGAGACCAGCGAGCUUGGAAAAAGGCCAAGAGACCCUCAGACUCCGCGUGUACGGCUGUUACGCUUGGGGUGGCCCCCUGCUGGUCGCCGGUCUGGCCGCCCUUUUGGAUCAUCUUCCGUCUCAGCCUCAGUACACCUUCCUCAGGCCUCGUUUCGGCGAGAAACAGUGUUGGUUUUACGGUGACAUGGAGAUCCUGGCAUACUUUUUCGGACCCAUCGGUGUUCUUCUGGCGGUAAAUCUAUUAUUCUUCGCUGCGACUGCUCGCGAGCUGACGUGCGGACUGUGGAAGGGUGAAUUCGUGAAAAGCACCACCGAAAGAGCCGCGCUUGGCCGCGUUUGCAUGAAGCUAGUGGUCGUGAUGGGUGUCACCUGGGUGGCCGACGUGGUCUCAUGGGCAGUCGGCGGGCCCCAGUACAUCUGGUAUUUCACGGACAUGAUAAACGCGUUCCAAGGGGUGCUGAUCUUCGCGGUGGUUGGCUGCCAGCCUCAAGUUCGGGCCGCUUUAAAGAGGAUCUGCAACAGGAACCCUCGAACGAACGCGGAAAGACAGGGAAACGGGCUAAGCACCACGAGCCAUGGGAUGCCCAGCAUGGGCGACAGCGUCACUCAGAAUCCCAGCACGAAGACCGCUCCGUUGGAGACCAUCUGUUAAAGAAGAAUCGGUCCUCGAACAUCGCGCUCUCGAGAUUCAAAGAUCUUUCCCGUAAACAGAGAGAUCCACGGGAUCCGUUGGACGGGACGCAGAGCUGGCCACGUGUCUUUCCAGGCCAAACAGACACGGAAGUAUAGAAAGCGGAAAGUACACAGUAUACGAAGCGGUUAAAACGAAUCGACACCGGCCAAGCAGAACCCUUUCCCUCGAUAUCUUGCUACGUUUCAUCGAUCUUCGAGGACGAUGAUUCGUCGAACCGCUUCGCUGAUCGCGUUAGAAGGUCGCCGAUCUCGAGACCGAUAAAUUCCUCGACCAGCAACGAUCAUCCCCGUUCCGGAUGACUUUGCCACUCGACCAGCCGCCGUUUUCACGGCAAAAUGUCCGCUCGAAUUAGUCCUCGAAUCCAUCCGUUGGAAAUUCUUCUCUCUCGAGGUCGUCGACCUUGGUUAGAGACAGCAAUCGUGGUGAACAGAGACGACCGCUCGUCCCCGUGGACUUGGGAGUGUAGAAAACGGUACAACGACAGUCUGUCACUUUGAAUAGUUCAUUGUUUCGCUAGACUACACAAUGGAGAGCAGAGAAAACAACGCGAAGCGACAAAUAUUCAUAGAGAUCCCCCAGAGGGGCAGUCGCGGCUUCGACUCGCUCGAGUAAGUACGCUUCGCGUUAAGAUCGUCGUUUCUACAACCGCCAAGUUCCCUCGAUUUCUCUCUAAUCUAAGGUCAGUUUAAUUAGGCGUACGAGAAUCUGGUGUCCAUUUUUCUGCAGGAUGAUAUCGAGAAACGCGUUGUUAUUUAUACCGUCUUUUUGGAAAUAAUCAUUUUGAUACUAUCUUUGCUGCUCGAAUCGUUGAUACAUCGUCCCGGAUGGGUCUCUCUCGUUGAAUUCUUCAAUUUUAUACAAGGACUCGACACGUCCAUGUCGUAGUUUGUUUAAAAUUUCGAACGAUUCAUAGUGAUAUUUGUUUUAAAGAAGAAUAAUACGAUCGGGACCAAAAUGUUGCAUAUUCAUAAGCGAUUCCAAAGACUGAACAAUCGGGAUGACAAAUUCGAUGAAGUAUGCAACGACCUUGACCCGCGUUCACCGUCAUCCUGCCACGAAGGGACGAACCGUGAAUUCCAAGCUUUCCUCUCUUCGUUAUUCCUCGAGCGUAUCUAAAGCUGUCCGAUUUCCUUUAGCAUAAAUUUGCAUCGGCACCGUAACCGGCUACAAUCCUGCCUGCCAUUAACAUGUAUCAUUAAGAGUUUUUUUUUUACAACGUGACCUCGUCUCGAUAUCGACCUCUUAAUAAAUCCCUUCCUGUCGAGGACAUUCUAAGCCAUUUUCCAUUUGUUAUCUUUGCGUAGAUAACUGCACAGCCAUUGAAGUUUUGAUAAUGAAAAUUUUUAUUUUGUAAAGAUGAAAGUACAUAAAAGUGUCUGAAGAAUUAGAAUUUGAAAGUACCUGGCUAUCCCGCUUGUCGACACAACAUAAAAAUAUGGGCACAGAUGAUCGUACGAUUAAUGGAGAGGUUCGAAAGAAAGUGUAUCCGCACUGCCAAAAUCGUCUUGAAACGGUAAGACUUUCGAACGAACACCUUUACAACAACUUUUGAUAAGAAUUUACAGAUUAUAUUCGUAGUUUCAAUGGAAGCACAACGAAGCAUCGAACGACCUUCUUUUUAAAUAUUUUUUAAUACACUUUAACCCUUAAGUUGGUAUUUCUUUGGAAAUUUAUCUAAUUCUUUUCGAGUUUAUUUCAUCGACGAUUCCGUGGAAAUAUUUUAAUUGGAAUACAAACGAAAUACCGAUCGAAGGUGUUAAUCGAACAAUACAAAAGCAAUGAAGUUCUCGUCGUAUCCUCGCUCAAGUUCGCGACGAGAGACGUUAUCCUUUCUUUUUUUUUUUUUUUCAUUGAUAUGAGUCACGCUUACACGAAAUCGUACGUAGGUAGGUCAGGGCAUAAUCGACGAGAAACUCGUGACAAUACACACUAGGAAUUCAAUGCCUUCUGAAAUGCCUUCCAAACGUGGUGUUCAAUGUGCCGAACUGUAUACAAUGGGCAAACAGCCGGAGACCGAGCGAAGUCUCCACGGUUCUUGCAUCGCGUGCGACCAUUCUCGCGAUUUCCGCUCGAACUUCCGAUGACAUUCCCCGACAGAUUCGUUCAAAUUCAUCGAUUAAGGGUUUUACAUUGAAAUAAUCAACAUUGUAUACCUUGAAAUUUCUUUUAUUUUUCAAUAACUAUACAGUUCAUAUACAAUUGUAAUUGGUAAUUUGAUUUUCUAUAAAAUUAAAGUCUGUCAUGUUUCUGAAAUUUCAUCGGAAGUGGCCGACGAUGAAGCAAGGGCCGCCUAAAAACCGUCUCGCGUCUACGUAGAGUUUAGAGUACCUCGCACUCGGGUUUGCUAUUCUUUAGAGCACAGGAACGCGUGAGUAGAGUAAUCAUUGUCAUUGUCAUUGUUUCUUCAGGUGCAUCCAAGAGACUGAUCCACGCGUUAUUCUUCGUUCUCAUGUUAGUCGAAACUAUCUGAACUCGCUCAGUGGUAAAUUGUUUCUAGUCUAAAAUCAGAAAUGAAUUCGCAUCGAUAUUGAUGGUAUUAAUUUUAAAAGUGACAACAUUAUUCACAAACCUUUUCCAAAGCAAAAUGAAUCUUCCAUUUGAAAACAGAUAGUUUCGAAAACCAUACUAGUUCCUUUUCUUCUGUAUGAAUGAUAGUGAAACGCUACGUCAUGUCGUUGAAAUCUCACCGAUUUGCAAUAAUUCCUCGGUAAUAAAGGAUGAAAAUGACGGUGUUCUUCGACGACGUUCGCGUCCACUUUGCGUGCGUGGACGUUGCGAAUGAUCGCGUGACAAUGCGAAGCUUGUGUGAACGGCACCGUGUAAUUAGUGUAUCAACGAGCAUUAACUCGAUUAUAAAUCCCUCGCUGUGUAUAAUCGCGAUCGAACGAUGUGUAACGACGCGGCGGCAUGGCAAAACUCGCAGGAUAUUAAUAUUAUUAUUGAAUAUAUAAUAAAAAAGCGAAGUGUUUUCGCGUGCGUUCCCAUCGAUCGUCGCUCGCCAUCGCAAUCCUUGUAGAUAACAUUCUCCUCCUCGUUAUAAUAUUAUUUGUAAUUAAAGCGUUGAUUGGCGUUGAUCAGGCAACGAUAACGCUGUUGCAACUCGCCUUCAGCGUGUAAGUUAUUCGCGUCCUUUUCGCUGCAACCAGUUCGAGAUGAAGAUUCUCAUUCUUCUUCGAAAGAUAACUGGUAGCAAGGAGGUCAUUUAGCGUUCGCAACGAUAGUUUAGUCGGAUAGGUAGGAUAAUCGAUGAAGCAAGGUACAGACGUAGCCUUAUAUUAAUUUAUUCAAAGUAGUCGUUGUUGGAUAAGAGGAAAUGUAUACCCAUACACACGUACAAGUAAACAUAGGAGUAAUAAACGUACACGGUAGCUUGCCAGUAUAAAAGUAGAAUUAAGGUGAAACGUGAGAAGGGCACGAGAGGUGAUAGAGGAAAUUAGAAUAAAUUGGCGAGCAAUGAACGAUUAACAUUUUUAUUUAUUCAGUCACUGUUGUGUGUUUCAUUUUUGGUACAAUCAAACGACAAUCUCAAUAAUUUCAACCCUUUCGCUUCGAUGCAAUUGCGACAAAAUAUGCUCGUUUCGAAUGACUGGACGCUGACAAGCGGAGUGCUUACGUCUGCGUUCUCCCUAAUAUGCGAUGAAAUUCAUCACGGUAAUUAGAAUCAUUUGUGGAAAAUAACGUAAUUUAUUUUAUUCUAUUUUUCAUCUUUCGGGGCCGAAAGGGUUGAGGAAUAACAACCCUUUUGCCAAUUUAUUCGUAAUCUAAGGUUCAUCGAAGACCUCGUGCCUUCGCGAUGUAAUUUCGCACCGUGAAAAAUUCAAUGUUGGACGGUAGUAUCGACCAUAAUAAAUGAAAAUUGCAAAACCCAAAUCGUCCAUUCGAAAUUGUAUUUAAUUAAGAGAAAAAAAAAAUUAACGAUAUAAGUACCGACAUAAAAUGCUUGAUAAAAUGAAAAGCACGAGGCUAAUUUCAACAUUGUAUUAUUCGCGGUCUGGCCAAAAUAGUUCGUCACUUUUUGUAUAUUUUUUACGAGAACGUAGAGAGAAACUGUUCCGUCGUAGACAUUGUUAUAUGUGUAUCGAGAAGGAUUCUUCGCAGACACGGAGGCUAUAUAAAGAGACAAUAGUAUUAACUCGUCGAGCAUAUUAAAGACGAGUUUGUGACGAGCUCGUCUUGGCUCGAUUAACCAUGUAGAGAACAGCCAAUUAUCAUCGUGGUAGAGAAUUUACGAUUACAACGACCCUGUACUAAGGCCGAUCGUACACACCAUUCCUGUACAAUGUAUUGUAACAGUAUUUAAUAUCGCACUAAUGGUAUAAUAAAUGAUAACUGUUAGUAUGUUCA